ACUGUGUCUCCACCGUCUUCAUCUGUCUCUCAUCCGUCUUCGUUGGUGUUGCCACCAUCUUCAUUUGUAUCCCAACCGUCUUCAGUUGUGUCUUUACCAUCUUCAUUUGUGUCUCCACCAUCGUCAUUUGUGUCUCCACCAUCUUCAUUUGUGUCUCCACCGUCUUCAUUUGUGUCUCCGCCAUCUUCAUUUCCAUCUCCACCAUCUUCAUUUGUGUCUUCAUCUUCAUUUGUGUCUCCACCAUCUACAUUUGUGUCCCCACCAUCUUCAUUUGUGUCUUCACCAUCUUCAUUUGUGUCUCCACCAUCUUCAUUUAUAUCUCCACCAUCUUCAUUUGUGUCUUCACCAUCUUCAUUUGUGUCUCCGCCAUCUUCAUUUGUGUCUCCACCGUCUUCAUUUGUGUCUCCACCAUCUUCAUUUGUGUCCCCACCAUCUUCAUUUCCAUCUCCGUCUUCAUUUGUGUCUCCAACGUCUUCAUUUGUGUCUCCGUCGUCUUCAUGUGUGUCUCCGCCAUCUUCAUUUGUGUCUCCAACAUCUUCAUUUGUGUCUCCGCCAUCUUCAUUUGUGUCUCCACCAUCUUCAUUUGUGUCUCCGCCACCUUCAUUUUCAUCUCUGUCCUCAUUUGUAUCUCCGCCGUCUUCAUUUGUGUCUCCACCAUCUUCUUUUGUGUCUCCACCG